AAACCAAUAAACUAACAAUUCAAGAUGGUUGCUUUCACUAUUGAACAAAUCCGUGAAUUGAUGGACAAGGUUACCAAUGUUCGUAACAUGUCCGUCAUUGCUCACGUCGAUCACGGUAAAUCCACUUUAACCGAUUCCUUGGUCCAAAGAGCUGGUAUUAUUUCUGCUGCCAAGGCUGGUGAAGCUAGAUUCACUGAUACCAGAAAGGAUGAACAAGAAAGAGGUAUUACUAUCAAGUCUACCGCUAUUUCUUUAUAUGCUUCCAUGACUGACGAUGAUGUCAAGGAAAUCAAGCAAAAGACUGAAGGUAACUCUUUCUUGAUUAACUUGAUUGAUUCCCCAGGUCACGUUGAUUUCUCUUCUGAAGUCACUGCUGCUUUGCGUGUUACCGAUGGUGCUUUAGUUGUCGUUGAUACCGUUGAAGGUGUCUGUGUCCAAACUGAAACCGUCUUAAGACAAGCUUUGGGUGAAAGAAUCAAGCCUGUUGUUAUCAUUAACAAGGUUGACAGAGCUUUAUUGGAAUUGCAAGUUACCAAGGAAGAUUUAUAUCAAUCUUUCGCUAGAACUGUUGAAUCCGUUAACGUUAUCAUCUCUACCUAUAACGAUGAAAACUUAGGUGAUGUCCAAGUUUACCCAGAAAGAGGUACCGUUGCUUUCGGUUCUGGUUUACACGGUUGGGCUUUCACUGUUAGACAAUUCGCCACCAGAUACUCCAAGAAGUUCGGUGUCGACAGACAAAAGAUGAUGGAAAGAUUAUGGGGUGACUCUUACUUCAACCCAAAGACCAGAAAGUGGUCUAACAAGGACAAGGAUGCUGAUGGUAAGCCAUUAGAAAGAGCCUUCAACAUGUUCGUUUUGGACCCAAUCUUCAGAUUAUUCGCUGCCAUCAUGAACUUCAAGAAGGAUGAAAUUCCAGCUUUAUUAGAAAAGUUGGAAAUUGUCCUUAAGGGUGAAGAAAAGGACUUGGAAGGUAAGGCCUUAUUAAAGGUUGUUAUGAGAAAGUUCUUGCCAGCUGCCGAUGCUUUAUUGGAAAUGAUUGUUUUGCACUUGCCAUCUCCAGUUACUGCUCAAGCUUACAGAGCUGAAACCUUGUACGAAGGUCCAUCUGAUGAUGAAUUCUGUGCUGCUAUCAGAAACUGUGACCCUAAGGCUGACUUGAUGUUGUACGUCUCCAAGAUGGUCCCAACCUCUGAUAAGGGUAGAUUCUACGCUUUCGGUAGAGUUUUCGCUGGUACCGUUAGAUCUGGUCAAAAGGUUAGAAUUCAAGGUCCAAACUACCAAGUUGGUAAGAAGGAAGAUUUAUUCUUGAAGUCUAUUCAAAGAACCGUUUUAAUGAUGGGAAGAUUCGUUGAACAAAUUGACGACUGUCCAGCUGGUAACAUUGUUGGUUUAGUUGGUAUUGAUCAAUUCUUGUUGAAGUCUGGUACCAUUACCACCAACGAAGCCGCUCACAACAUGAAGGUUAUGAAGUUCUCUGUCUCUCCAGUUGUUGAAGUUGCUGUUGAAGUUAAGAAUGCUAACGAUUUACCAAAGUUGGUUGAAGGUUUAAAGAGAUUGUCCAAGUCUGAUCCAUGUGUCUUGACUUACAUGAACGAAUCUGGUGAACAUAUUGUUGCCGGUACCGGUGAAUUGCACUUGGAAAUUUGUUUACAAGAUUUGGAAAACGACCACGCUGGUGUUCCAUUGAGAAUCUCCCCACCAGUUGUCUCUUACAGAGAAACUGUUGAAGCUGAAUCUUCCAUGAUUGCUUUAUCCAAGUCUCCAAACAAGCAUAACAGAAUCUACGUUAAGGCUCAACCAAUUGACGAAGAAGUUUCCCUUGACAUUGAAGCUGGUGUUAUUAACCCAAGAGAUGAUUUCAAGGUUAGAGCUAGAAUCCUUGCUGACAAGCACGGAUGGGAUGUCGGAGAUGCUAGAAAGAUCUGGUGUUUCGGUCCAGAUGGUAACGGUCCUAACUUGGUUGUUGACCAAACUAAGGCUGUCCAAUACUUGAACGAAAUCAAGGAUUCCGUUGUUGCUGCUUUCCAAUGGGCUACCAAGGAAGGUCCAGUUUUCGGUGAAAAUGUUAGAUCUGUUAGAGUUAACAUUUUGGAUGUUACCUUGCAUGCUGAUGCUAUCCACAGAGGUGGUGGUCAAAUCAUCCCAACCAUGAGAAGAGUUACCUACGCUGCUAUGUUGUUGGCUGAACCAGCUAUCCAAGAACCAAUCUUCUUGGUUGAAAUCCAAUGUCCAGAAAACGCUAUUGGUGGUAUUUACUCUGUCUUGAACAAGAAGAGAGGUCAAGUUAUCUCUGAAGAACAAAGACCAGGUACUCCAUUGUUCACUGUUAAGGCUUACUUACCAGUCAAUGAAUCCUUCGGUUUCACUGGUGAAUUGAGACAAGCUACUGGUGGUCAAGCUUUCCCACAAAUGAUCUUUGAUCACUGGGGUGUCUUGAGUGGUGACGUUAAGGACCCAAGCACUAAGCCAGGUGCCAUUGUCAAGGAAAAGAGAGAAAGACAAGGUUUGAAACCAGAAGUUCCAGGUUACGAAGAAUACUAUGAUAAAUUAUAAGCUGGUUGAUAAAGUUCUAUAAUUAUCAAUUGUUUUGUUUUUUUCAUUUUUUUAUUUAGUGUUUAGCUAAUCUUUAAAUAUAAAUUCUUCUUAUCAAAUAAUGUUGUAGUGUAGCAUUGGUGGGAAAGUAGGUCUCGUCCAAACAAAAUAAACGAAUGAAAAUCAGCCCUGGUCAAACUUGGCUAGAAUUAACUUUUAAGUUGCUGGCGAAGAGCGUUUGUCGUCAACGAAGCUUCUAUCGUAUAGACGAACCAUCGUACGUCGUACACAUGUUACAAAUUGUACUUAGUGUCCUGCGUGAACUAGUCCUGUUUCGAAGUUAACGAGCUUGCUGGGUUUACAAAUAGAAUGUAUUAAUUUUCCAAUGAUCCAACAAUUUAUCAUAUGUUUGCGAUCUGUCUCAAGGUGACAGGUUAUGAUAUCUAUGAGUUGUGAACCUACACGGCGCUCAACCAACAAUAAUGCAACCUAAUGCACCUAGAGGAAUAUGAAGUGUUUUGAAUUUUCCAACUUGGUAACGAACGAUGCCCAUUACAGUUCCGAAAGGGGAAAUAUGCGGCGUACGUGCUCGGCCAUAAGCUGACAUAUAUAUAUAUAUAUAUUUUUUUUUCAAUGGUCGUACGAGGAAGUAUGACUUGCCCAGAAAUCCGUGAUCAGGGAUAAAUUUUAGUAAUUUAUUGGCUUUGCACUUUAAAUCUUUGUGGUUUUUUUUGGAAUAGCUUCAUUAAGUGCCGGCCACUAUGAUUUGAUUCAAAUCCCGUGAUAAAUUUGAGGGUGAACUAAAUCUAGAUGAGUUUGUAGUUUUUAGUUGGUUUCACGCGGCUAUUUUGUUCAUAACCGUGGAACGAGAGAGCUAACCAGGAAGUUACUAACCAAAAGCCAC